GUUUUGACAAGAACUCGACAGCACACCUGCCUCGACCGACGACGCCAGGCCGACGUCAAUUGAUAUCCUGGUUCCCUAAGAUCGUUACGUAGAGCUCGUCUCACAUGAAAAACCUGGCACGAACGCGAACAAGAAGCCUAGGGGAGCGAGCCGUGCGUGCAAGGAUGAGUGGAUGACCUCACGAAAGCAUCGUCUAAUCCCGAAAAGAACGGUCAAUCCACGGCCACGACCACACACAUAUAUAUCUGACCCGAAUUCACGCGCAACGACUCAUACGCGCGCUCUCUCUUAUUCUCUCUCAAACUUCCAACCUCAUCUCAACCCUCUCGACCUACCAAGCAACGACCUCCUCCCAACCUCAACACCAUGAAAGCAACAUAACCCACCUCUACAAUGUCGACGACCCAACCCCAGCGCCACGCCCCAGGCUCCUUCCACUUCCUCGCAGGCCUCUCCUCCGGCAUCCUAACCGCCAUCCUCCUCCAACCCGCCGACCUGCUCAAAACCCGCGUCCAACAAUCCCGCUCCACAACCCUCCUCUCCACCAUCCACACCAUCGCCUCCGGCCCCACGCCCAUCCGCCACUUCUGGCGCGGCACGAUCCCGUCCGCCGUCCGCACGGGGCUCGGCAGCGCGCUCUACUUUUCCGCGCUCAACGCGCUGCGCGUCGGGUUUGGGAAUCUGAGUCCGCGUCCGAGUCCCAGCACCAGCACAAACAACAACAACAACAAUAACAACAACAAUGGCAGUAGCAGCAGCAGCAGCAGUAGAAGUGGUAGUAGCACCAAAAACACAAACCCAACCCUCAACCUCCUCACCGGCGCCGCAGCACGCACCUGGGCAGGCCUCCUCAUGAUGCCCAUCACCAUCGUCAAAGUCCGCUUCGAAUCCACAGUCUACACCCAGACCUACACCUCCCUCACGCGCGCAGCACGGCACAUCUACACUACGGAAGGCAUCCGCGGCUUUUUCGCGGGCUUCGGCGCGACGGCCGUGCGCGACGCGCCGUAUGCGGGGCUCUACGUCGUCGGGUACGAGAUUUGCAAGGAGAGGCUUGGGGGUGUGUUUCUUGGUUCCCCUCGUGGGGAUGCGGACAGUGGAGCAGGAGGAGGAGGAGGAGGAGCAGGGGGAGGAGGAGGAGGAAGAGGAACAGCAGGCGCAACAAGCCACGCAGCGGUAAACUUCUCGAGCGCGGUGGCGGCGAGCGUGGGAGCGACGGCGGCGACGAAUCCGUUUGAUGCCAUCAAGACGCGCAUUCAGCUGUUUCCGGGCGUGUACGGGCAUAUGCUUGGAGCCGGGGCGCGCAUGGUGCGGGAGGAAGGGUGGGGGGUGUUGAUGGAGGGGGUGGGGAUUCGGGUGGUGCGCAAGGGGAUGAGUAGUGCGUUGGCGUGGACGGUGUAUGAGGAGAUUAUCAGAAGGGUGGAGGGGUGA